CUUCCUCCUCCUCCUCCUCUCUGGCAUUUUGUGCAGCGGAGGAGGAAAGGAGGAGAGACUGCUGAGGAGGAGACAGAGGGGACCCUGAGACAACACGUCCCACGCCAGAGCCAGACAGCCAGGGAACUUUGAUUUGACGCCAAGUAGCCUGCGAUGAAAAUGACGAUGAGGAGAAAGAGCCACGUUUCUUCUUCUCGGGAGGCUUAGAUAUGUCGGGCGUGUGCAACAUAUGAUGUCCUUGGACUCAUAUGCUCAAUGAAGAUUUAUUUAUCUCUGAUUUCGCUCCUGUGUUCGCUGAUGGUGCCGCGUCGUUGUGCCCGCACUUAGGUCAGCCGAAUGCAUGUGAAGGCAGUCUGAGCGCAUUGUUUCCAGCUCCGUGUCAUAUGGGAUUUCCAGCCGUGAUGUCUGCAAUAUUUCGCUCUUUGUUUCUGGUUCUGUUCAGCCUGCUGUCAGUGGGUGCCCAGACGGAGAUGAAGAAGGUCGUCGGGGACAAUGCCACCUUACCGUGCCACCACCAGUUCCCGUCGUCGAACUCUCUCGACAUUGAGUGGCUACUGCAGAAACCAAACUCCAAACAGAAAGUGAUCAUUACCUUCUUUGGGGGACAGGUGUACACCAAUGAGGCGACGGGCAGCGAGGCCAGCCGUCUGUCCUUCGCUGGCGAGUACCUGGGUGGAGACGCCUCCCUGCUGAUCAGUGACCUGCUGCUGACCGACUCCGGGGAAUACUACUGUAAAGUCAAGACUGGGGGGAAGUACCACUGGAGCCAGGUCAACCUCAUUGUGCUGGUCAAACCUUCCAAGCCGAGGUGUUGGAUGGAUGGCAAACUCCUAGAGGGCAGUGAUGUCAAGCUUAGCUGCAAGUCCAGCGAUGGCUCUGACCCCAUCAACUACAAGUGGGAGCGAGUGCUGGACAAAGGCAAGAGUCUGGGCAAAUUGCCAAACCUGGCACUGAUAGAUCUCAAGAACCCAGAGCUCGUGACCCUGAGGAAUCUCACCAUGGACAGCACAGGGGUCUACAGGUGCACAGCAAGCAAUGAUGUGGGAGAGGAAAACUGCACCAUUGAGGUCACAAUGCAGCAUGUGAGAGAUGUAGGUAUGGUAGCAGGUGCGGUGGUGGGGAUAUCCCUCGGCGUCCUCAUUGUCAUAUUAAUCAUCUGGCUCGUCUUCCGGAAGAAAGAGAAGAAGAAGUAUGAGGAGGAGGAGACUCCAAACGAGAUCAGGGAGGAUGCAGAGGCUCCCAAGGCCAAGCUAGUGAAACCCAACUCCCUGUCCUCAUCCCGCUCUGGCAGCUCCCGCUCCGGCGCCUCCUCCACCCAGUCCAUGGUGCACAACAGCGCCCAGCGUGGUCACCGCCCCCGCCCACCUGCUGUAACAGCUCUCAAGGAAAAUGGACAGCCUCCAGGCUUCCCCCAGUCCCCUCCAUCCUACACUUCAGUGGUGCCCAAGACCCCCGAGCCCCCUACCACUCCCAAAUUCAACUCCAGGAACAUGUCUGGGCCCACACCCCCAACCCUCAUGGUCCCCGCCCAGACCAAGGCCUUUCAGACUGUGUAGGACUGAAAGCCAGCCACUUCCUGCAGCCAUGUGAGACUCCCAUCCCAGCCCAAGCCCCCGAGCCCCCUCCCAAAGACUAAGACUCUUCCAUAAACAAAGAAAUGCAACUAGUUAAAAGGAUGUAAUUAAAAGAAUCAAUACUAUAAGUCCAAAAGUACUUUUAAUGAAUGCAUACUUAAAAAGGGAAAAUAAGACAUGCUUGCCCCCUACUGAAUUACAUAAAACAACAAAACAAAAGAAAAAACAAGACCCGAGAUGCAACGCUGUCCGUGUCUCAUGGCUGAAGGCAGAACUUGUUUUCUGAGUUCCAUCUUUUGGCUUUGGAAGCACAGGGAAGCGCCGUGUG